AAAAAAAUGUUUUUCCUGCGAUAGUAAGGUCUGGCAGUCUGUCCCUGAGAUGAUGAUCUGCAGCGCUCGCCUAGUGCUGUCUGACUGCUUCCAUUCAGGUCAAGCGGCAACAGAGUUCUAUAUAUCUGAGCUGCAAUGCUCCUGUGUGCUAGGCUCCGGGCCGGUGUAACGUGUUCGGUCAGACGAUACUUACACGAAACUGCAAGAUGCAGUGGAGCUGGCGGAGCCUCAUUUGUGCAUAGAGAUACACCUUCAAACAACCCAGAUACUCCCUUUGAGUUCACUGCUGAAAAUCACAAGAGAAUAGAAGUUAUAGUUGGAAACUACCCAGACGGUCACAAAGCAGCGGCUGUGAUCCCAGUGCUUGAUUUGGCCCAGAGACAACAUGGAUGGCUGCCUAUCUCUGCUAUGAACAAGGUGGCUGAAGUGUUGGAGAUGCCUGCCAUGCGAGUAUAUGAAGUAGCAACUUUCUAUACUAUGUUCAACAGGAAACCAGUAGGAAAAUACCACAUUCAGAUUUGUACAACAACACCUUGUAUGCUUAGAGAUUCUGAUUCCAUUCUACAGGCUAUCCAAAAGAAACUCGGCAUACAUGUGGGGGAGACCACUCCUGAUAAUAUGUUCACACUGACAGAGGUGGAGUGUCUUGGCGCCUGUGUAAAUGCACCAAUGGUACAAAUUAAUGAUAGCUAUUAUGAAGACCUUGUGCCUAAGGAUAUUGAAAGUAUAAUUGAUGACUUAAAGGCUGGGAAAUCACCUAAUCCUGGACCAAGGAAUGGACGCUUCUCGUGUGAGCCUGCUGGAGGACUAACCUCUUUGUCUGAACCUCCAAAAGGACCUGGUUUUGGUGUUCGGGCAGACCUAUGAAGUUACACUUUAAUAAUAAGACAGUAAAUUGAUGUACAAACCUAAAACAUUAUGUACUCAAUAAAUAACUAUUGUAUUAAUGUA